CCACCCAGUGGAACCAAAUGUUUUAGAAACUGGACAGCCUAACCCGCUCCGUGUUCACGUCAGAUAUAGGGUGUGGUUUCUAUAGUACCCUGAAAGUUUAUUCUCAUUCUGAUAACAAAAUUUGAUCUCAACAGUUUAAGUGAAUUUACUUGGUUUAGCUGUUUAAUCAUUCUGUAAUAGACCUACCGGGAAACCGAAAGUGAAAGUAGAACCUUCAGUCGCUGGAGAGUUUUGUUUGCCCUCUGGUUGAAAACCGCUGAUCUAAAACUAUUAUUUGUGAAGAGAUGGAGCACAGAGACACUGCAGCAUAUCCAGCAGCCAGCUCUGUGUCUGUGAAAACUAACAAAUCCAUGGAUUUUCCACUUCGAUUCAGUGAAGGAGUGGUGACCUUUGAGCCCAGUUGUGAGAGGGAUUAUCAGAUCUGUGUGGAGUCCAAAUGUGUGGUGUGUAGGGAGGUUCUGAAAGAUCCAGUCUCCAUAACCUGUGGACACAGUUUCUGCAGAAAAUGCAUUAUCUGUUACUGGGAGAAGUUGAGGCAAGCAGAAUACUUUGAUUGUCCUCAUUGCAAAAAGAGAUCCAAAACACAUUCUGUUCUACAAACAGUCAUGGGGGCAUCCAGUUCUGCAGGUACUGCUGACUCUAAUACACAAGCAGCCCUACAGGAGGAGACUGGAGACCUGCAGAAAGCAGUAGAUGAUAAACUUCAGAGAGUCAGAGACAAGCACAAAACCAGAAUGAAGAACAAGUACGAGAGCUUAUUUGAGGGAAUGAAACUCCAAGAGAAUGAAACCCUCCUCAACAGGAUCUACACACAACUUUACAUCAUAGAAGGAGAGAGUGAUGGAGUGAAUGAAGAACAUGAGGUUUUACAGAUGGAGAAAACAGCCAGAACACAACUUGCACAAGACACUUCCAUCUACUGCAAUGACAUGUUUAAAGCCUCAGCUAAAGCAGGAUGUGAGGAGAAAGACCAAAUCAAGACUGUUCUUACUAAAGGCAUCGCUGGAAUCGGAAAAACCAUCUCUGUGCAAAAGUUCAUUUUGGACUGGGCAGAGGGAAAAGCCAAUCAGGAUAUAGAUUUCAUGUUUUUGCUUCCAUUUCGAGAGCUGAACUUGAUUCAAGACCGUCAAUAUAGUCUUCACAGACUACUGCUGGACUUUUAUCCCGAACUUCAAGAUCUGGACUCAAAGACAUAUGAGGAGUGUAAAAUUGUGUUCAUCUUUGAUGGUUUGGAUGAAAGCAGAAUCACACUGAUGUUUUCAGAUGCUCAGAAAGUUUGUGAUGUGACUGAAACUUCAUCAGUGGGUGUGUUGAUGUCAAACCUCAUGCAAGGCGAGCUGCUUCCCUCUGCUCUCAUCUGGAUCACCUCCAGACCAGCAGCAGCCAAUCAGAUCCCCUCCAAAUACAUAAACCGUCUGACAGAAAUUCAGGGGUUCAAUGAGCCUCAGAAGGAAGAAUAUUUCAGGAAGAGAAUCAGUGACCAGCAUCAAGCUGACAGGAUCAUCUCACACAUUAGAAAAGCAAGAAGCCUACAUAUCAUGUGCCACAUCCCCGUCUUCUGCUGGAUCUCAUCAACUGUGCUUCAGAAGCUCUUGAAGGAAGAUCUGAGUGCAGAAAUCCCCCAAACUCUGACUGAAAUGUAUAUCCACUUCCUGCUGAUUCAGAUCAACAUGAGGAACCAGAAGUAUGAAGAGAGAGAUCCAGAGAACCUCCUGAAAUCCAGCAGAGAAGUGAUUGUGAAACUUGCUGAAGUGGCUUUCAAACAACUGAGGAAGGGCAAUGUUAUGUUCUAUGAGGAAGACCUGAGUGAGAGCGGCAUAGACAUCACUGAUGCCUCAGUGUAUUCUGGGAUUUGCACCGAGAUCUUCAAAGAGGAAUCUGUUAUUCAUCAGAGAAAAGUGUACAGCUUCAUUCAUCUGAGCAUUCAGGAGUUUCUUGCUGCUUUUCAUGUGUUUUACUGCUACUUAAGCUGUACAAUGGAGACCCUUAAGGUUUUUGAUUCAAUGCAUUAUCUGUAUAAAGGAGCAAUAGAUAAAGCCAUUGGGAGUGAAAAUGGACAUCUGGAUCUGUUCCUGCGGUUUCUGCUGGGCAUCUCACUUGAGUCCAAUCAGAGACUCUUACAGGAUCUACUGACACACACAGAGAACAGCUCAGAGAGCAUCAGGAGAACAACACAGUAUAUUAAAGAGAAGAUCAAAGAUGGACAUGGACUCUCCACUGAAAGAUCCAUCAAUCUGUUCCUCUGCCUGCUGGAAGUGAAAGAUCAGAGUCUGUCCAGAGAGAUUCAGGAGUUUGUAAAAUCAGACAAACACUCAGAGAAGAAGCUCUCUCCUGCUCAAUGCUCAACAAUUGCCUACAUGCUUCAAAUGUCAGAGGAGGCACUGGAUGAGUUUGAUCUGAAGAGAUACAACACAUCAGAUGAGGGUAGAAAAAGACUGAUACCAGCUGCGAGUAACUGCACAAAAGCUCUAUUCGCUGACUGUAGAUUCACUGCUCAGUACUGUGAGAAUUUAUCAUCAGCACUUGAGUUCUCAAACAUUGCACUGAGAGAGCUGGACCUGACUAAUAAUGAUCUACAGGAUUCAGGAGUGAAGAUGCUCUUUGAUGGAUUGAAGAGUCCAAACUGUCAGCUGCAGAUACUGAGAUUGCCCAGCUGUAAUCUCACUGGUCAGUCCUGUGAAAUUGUAUCAUCAGAUCUACAAUCCCCUAACUGUGCCCUGAGAGAGCUGGACUUGAGUAACAAUGACCUGCAGGAUUCAGGAGUGAAGCUGCUCUCUGAUGGACUGAAGAGUCCAAACUGUCAGCUGCAGAUACUGAGGUUGUCUGGCUGUAUGGUGACAGAGGAAGGCUGUGGUUUUGUGUCUUCAGCUCUGAGUUCAAACCCCUCACACCUGAGAGAGCUGGAUCUGAGCUACAAUCACCCAGGACAAUCAGGAGUCCAGCGACUCAGUGACAAACUGAACGAUCCAAACUGCUCACUGCAGACACUCAAUGUGGACCAUGGAGCAGAGUUCAGGAUUACAGCAGGACUACGGAAGUAUGCCUGUGAUCUCACACUUGACCCAAACACAGCACACACUCAAGUCAUCCUAUCUGAGGACAAGAAGAUGGCAAAGCAUACGAAAGACCAUCAGUCAUAUCCUGAUCAUCCAGAGAGAUUUGAAUGUCUUCAGGUUCUUUGUGGAGAGAGUCUGACUGGACGAUGUUUCUGGGAAGCUGAAUGGAUUGGGACGGGGACAGAAAUAUCAGUGUCAUAUAAAGGAAUCAGCAGGAAAGGAGGAAGUGACUGUAUGUUUGGAUUCAAUCAAAAGUCUUGGAAUCUAAGUGGCUUUUAUAAACGUUUCAUUGCCUGUCACAACAAUAACAGCACUGAUAUACCUGCACCUUCAUUUUCAUCUAAUAGAGUAGGUGUGUAUCUGGACUGGUCUGCUGGUACUCUGUCCUUCUACAGUGUCUCUGACACACACACACUCACACACAUACACACUUUCAACACCACGUUCACUGAACCCGUCUAUGCUGGGUUUGGGGUUUAUUACGACUCAUCAGUGUCUCUGUGUCACAUGGUACAACAAGGAUGUCAAACAUAAAAAUAUGAAAGAAAAAAGUAUAGACAACAUAUUUAUAACAUUCCUACAAAGGUAUUAGAAGAAGACACUUUCUUACUCCAGGAGCCCUGGGGGUCUCUUAGUGUUUCAAUGAAACUGUAAUGUUUAAUUAUUGCAUGGACAUAACAUUAUUUUAUGUUAUUUUUCCCAGUUUUGUAUAUAAUCUCUGAAAAUGUAAGUGCUGUACAUGCUGUUUUCUAAAGGAAUUAACAGACAGCCACUAAAUAACUCUGACAGAGCAAAUCCUCAUUGUCACUUCACAAGGAAAGCAGGUCAGAAUUUAAAGGGGGUUUCUGUUAUUUUGCCUUCAAAAUUCAAGAUAUGGUUGUAAAAAAUGCCACCUUUAUGAGUUCUUGUUUGUAUAUCUAUGUGUGUGUGUGUGUGUGUGUGUGUGUAUAUAUAUAUAUAUAUAUAUAUAUAUAUAUAUAUAUAAUAUAUAUAUAUAUAUAUAUAUAUGUUAACAUAGUUAAGCAAUAUCAAUUUAGCAGCAAUACUGUUUUCCUGAAUAUCAGCACUGCAAAUCUGAUAUUGAUUAUUAUUAUUAUUUUUUUCCAUGUUAAGUGACUUACAAAUAAAUCCACAGCAGAAUUUUUAUGCACCUUUGAGCUAUUUGUUCCUGACUGAAUCCCUGUUUUGAACGAAUUGGUCGAGCAAAUUAUUCAAUUACCCAUUCAUAAAUUAGUCCCUUUGAACAAAUCAAAUGAUUCAAACUGUGUGUAAGUACAUCUAAUGCCACUUUAAAUGCAGCUUCUGUGCCUCUUUGUGGUACCCUCUCCAGUGCAAGAAUGGAUUUUGUUGAUAAUGAUCUAUUACAGCCCUAUAUUAACUUAUUAUUUGCUAAAUUUGAUAGAAUUCAAGAAAUUGAAAAUAAGGGUGAAACACUUAAAAUUCAAACUUGUAUUUAAAAUUGUGCCAUAUUUUUAUGA